GUAGGUAGUAACUUCCACAUUACUUCACCUAAUGGUGACUCGCUUACUCCAUCUAUUUCUUAUCCUACGUUCGUUUCGCAUAACACUUAUUUAGUGCCCGUCGUUGCACCUCGUCCCAAAUUCAUUUCAAGAGGUAAAUACCUGUAAAUCACACCAAAUACCACCUAUCUCUAACCCUCUCAUCCAUUUAAUCGGCAUCACCUGACUUCGCGACACUUCCCCCCCAAUCUCCUUAGCCGCUCCUCUUUUUAAUCUUCCUCAUAUCUCUCCUAGCCGUUACAAUCUAGUCAUAGUCCGCGUCUGGUCUUUGAUGUUCUUCCCCAGGUCAUAUUCUUCAUAUUCCCGUUAAGAGCCUAGGUUUAUGCCUUGUUUUGCCGUGGCAGGUAUUUCUUUGCCGCGAGUUCCUAAUUACUACUCAAAUCGAAUCUCGGGGACCCCAAGAAUUUGAUUUCAAAUUUCAAAUCUUGUUUGGCCUCAGAUAGCUUCUUUGUCUUGUGCAAACAGUUUCCCCCCUUCAAGACAGCUCAUACUACAACCCGUCUACAAGAAGUCGGAUUGAACAACCUACAUCGUCUCCAAAUUCCAUUACCUUUUCCGGUAUACCUCUCGGCGUUUUGCCAAACCUCGGGCGCCCGAGGUGCUUUAGUACGCCUCUGGUUAUGAGCGUUGUCACGAGUCCUUGUAGUCAUCCGCUUCAUUCAACAUGAGUAGCAUUGCCUGGGAAUGCCGUGAUCAGGCCGACCAGGCCGAGAUCUACUACAAUCAUCCCCUUCGCACCAAGGUUCGACGUCUCGAAGAUGAGAACAUGACUUUGAAGCGUCUACUCCGUGAGAAUGGCAUCUCGUGGCAAACCCGUCCCAAGCCCGCGAGGACUUCUACUGGGCGAAUCACCCGUGCUUCUACCAGGGCCGUUCGCCCGCCCCUUCCACACAUCCCGGUUGAGAUACAGCUUAGAAUCAUGUCAUUCGCUCUGACUAGCUCACUUCCUAUCGUCGAUCCGCUAUGCAAGGUCAAGCCGGAGAAUCUGACGGUUCGAGAGAAGUCCAAGUCUAGCAGACUUGCGAUUCACUUCUUGGCGACCUGUAAGGCCUACCAUGAUGAGGGCACCAAGCUCCUAUGGACCAAUAACUCCUUUGUCUUCACUAGUCCGGAGUCACUCAGAAACUUCGCCGAGGUCCCUCUUCACUUCCGACGAAACAUCAAGGAUGUCACCCUCCGCGUUAUUGCAAAGUUCUAUGACGACGAAGAGCGAACACACAGGAUUAGUCGCAACUACCACCCCGAUCUUAGAAAGGCCGUUGCCUUGACCGUGCAUAAGCGGCCCAAGGAAAAUAGUCUUGCUCGCCGUGGUUUCCGAACUUACGGUUGGUACCAGCUUGCUGACUUCCUCAUGGCCAUGCUGCCUCCCUUCGACCCUUCUUACGUUUCUCAUAGCAAUGGUUCGGCCACAACAUAUUCUGCUCCAUUGCCCAAGUUACUACCAUCUCUAGAAAAGAUUCGCAUUGACUUUGUGAAUUUCGGUGAAGACAUGUUUAACAACCCGCCUCCCCAACUUCACGAGGUCGCGUCACACCAGCUUGGAUGCACACUGAAUGAGGUGGUUUUGACUGGCUUGCCGAGUGAUGAGACCGGUCUUCGGGUUUGCAACGAGAUGGCCGGCCUUUUGAAGGACGAGGGCCUCCUUAUUGAUCACGCACCUACGAUGGUGGCUCUCAAGAACGGCGUGCGUGCUCUCGAAUGCGAUACUCAUGAGUGUCAUUACUGUGCUAAGGUCGUUCGGGCGAUGCGCGCAUUUAAGAGUGGCGACCACCAUCACGACGAUGUGCAUUCCCAUCUCUUCGGAGCUGACUUCCCACCCGCACCUAAAGAUGAAGGCGAGCCACCUUAUUCCUAUUAUCAUUCCUGCCGGACCAUUUGGAAGAAAAUACCUAUCAAGCUCGGCGACGAGGAGCGCAAGUGGGUGCUAUUUGAUAGGAUGAGCGGACUUCCGUGGGAUGACGUCGAGGAGGACAUCACCAUGUUCGACUUUCUUAGCGACGAUGACGAAGCUAUCGCCUGUGAGAAUUGCGGCGAGGUUCAUCCGGGAGCCAUUCCUCCCAUAGAGAUGAUGGAUCUUUACGACGACUUUUGAGCACGUACCUGAGAGGACAAUUCCGAUCUUUCUACGAUGAUUACGAAUGAUAUGCAUAUGAUACCAGGUUUGCUUUAAUUUCGGCAUUUGCACGGGCGGAUGAAAAAGGAGCGGAGUGGCAAAUGUAAUAAGACUACAUACAGGUCGAACCCAUCUUCACAGCAAAGGGUGCCCCAGCACUACCAUGUAAUAUACGAGCCAAACAACACUUCAAGGCUCAAGUAUCCCAAUGCCUGCUUUGUAUGAAUUGGCCUCUAUCUGUAGCGCCAAUUUGUCUUUUAAUUAAGAACGAUAAGCUUUAGUUGAUCACAGUUUUCGUAUCAUUCGCAUCCUCUUAUUUUUGGUGUUCUGUCUGUAAUAGAUUUGUGUUGCCAUUAGUUUUCCAUCCCAUAGGGGCAUUUAACAGGGUUUCGCUAAGCAACGUGGC